AAAUCUCUGUUUACAACUCAUUCAUUUCCUGUUUUCAUUGAGCUUUUCCUGGGUUUUCAAUGGCGGGUUUCGUUCUAUCUGGUUUAAAGCCUCUCCCUUUUAUCCACUAUAGACCCGUUGUUUCGAGGAACUCUUCAAAACCCAGUUUUUUAGUUAAAAACAAGAAUUACCCGGAUCUAGAAAGGAAGAAUCGAAUCAAAUUCUCGUCUGGGAUGUCUAGGAACUGGGCUCUGAACGUGAGCGCUCCUCUGAGAGUUGCAUCUGUAGAAGAAGAUGAAGCAGGAAAAGAGAGAAAUCAUGGUGUUAGUCGAUUUGGAGAAGAAAAAGAAGAGGCGGGGUUCGACCCCGGUGCGCCGCCGCCGUUUAACCUGGCCGAUAUAAGAGCUGCCAUCCCGAAGCAUUGUUGGGUGAAGGAUCCAUUGAAAUCUAUGAGCUACGUCGUGAGGGACGUUGCCGUGGUGUUUGGCCUGGCGGCUGCUGCGGUUUUUGUUAAUAAUUGGCUUGUUUGGCCCCUUUACUGGGCUGCUCAAGGGACCAUUUGGGCUCUUUUUGUUCUUGGCCAUGACUGCGGCCAUGGGAGCUUUUCAAACAAUCCCAAGUUGAACAGUGUGGUGGGGCAUAUCUUGCAUUCUUCAAUCCUCGUGCCUUAUCAUGGAUGGAGAAUUAGCCAUAGGACUCACCAUCAAAACCAUGGUCAUGUCGAGAAUGAUGAAUCAUGGCACCCGUUAUCUGAGAAGAUAUACAGGAGUUUGGAUAAUGUAACACGAACGUUGCGGUUCGUGUUACCGUUUCCCAUGCUUGCUUACCCUUUCUACCUUUGGAACAGAAGUCCGGGGAAGACUGGUUCACACUUUGAUCCCAACAGUGAUUUGUUUAUCCCGAGCGAACGAAAAGAUGUGAUUACUUCCACCAUUUGCUGGACAGCCAUGGCUGCUAUCCUUGUUGGCUUGGGUUUCACGAUGGGUCCUAUGCAGUUGCUUAAACUAUAUGGAAUCCCAUACGUGAUUUUCGUAAUGUGGCUGGACUUAGUUACAUACUUGCACCACCAUGGACAUGAAGAGAAGCUCCCUUGGUACCGCCGGAAGGAAUGGAGUUACUUGAGGGGAGGUCUUACGACGCUCGACCGUGAUUACGGAUGGAUCAAUAACAUCCACCAUGAUAUCGGAACUCAUGUCAUACACCAUCUGUUCCCUCAGAUCCCACACUACCAUUUAAUAGAGGCGACGGAGGCAGUAAAGCCGGUUCUCGGAAAAUACUAUCGGGAGCCGGAACGAUCAGGUCCUUUACCUUUCCACCUGGUUGGAAACUUGAUAACAAGCUUGAAGAAGGAUCACUUUGUUAGUGACAAUGGAGAUGUUGUUUACUACCAAACUGACCCAGAACUACAUUGAGCUCUCAUUGCCAUGAAUAUGUAAACAUCAUAUUCAAGUCGAAAAGUAGGAGGGCAAUUUGGGGGCUUUCAUUUUUUAACCUUAUUUUCUAUGGAGGGGAUUAGGGUAUUAUCGGCAUUCUACUAGUAAAGGAGAAUGUAUAUUUUUAUUCUUUUGAAAGGAAAUGAAAAUUUAUUGCUUU